AUGGCUGAAGUCGCUGGGCUCGCGCUUGGCGUCUUAGGCCUCGCUGGUCUUAUCGGCGCUUUCAAGGAUACCAUCGACGUUUUCAAUACCGUUGUCGAUAUGCGCCAUAUGGGCCGUCAGUACCAAGUCCUCGAUAUCAAGCUAGAUAUUGAAAAGGCCCUUCUCCUUCAGUGGGCAGACCGGGUUAAACUUCUUCAACCUAAUCACGACGUGCGACUCGAUGAACCGAGUACCCAGACUCUCGUUCUGCGUAUUCUUAGUUCUGUUCGAAUGAUUUUGGCAGAUACGAAUCAGUUACAGCAACGAUAUGGGUUGCGACUGGAAAAUGAAACUGAGACACCAACCUUGCCCCCAAUCUCAGCCUCUAUAAGUCUUGAGCAUGACUUUUCGGACAUGCCCUCAGAAUUAUUCACCGGAUCGCUUCCGCUACAACAUGCAACUUCCGGUCAAAGAAGAGACCCAUCUCAGUCUGGUUGGAGGUUCAGUCAGCAGCGGAUGAAGAGUUUUAUGAGACGGCUCGAGGCACUACAAGGUCAGACGGCUACAACAUCUGUUGCCCAAAAGACACGUUGGGUGAUCAGGGAUAAAGAGAAGUUUGAGGUCCUAGUCCAAGAUCUCUCGGAACUGACGGCCAAGCUCGAUCAAGUGGUUCCCCCAUCAAGUCCCGAAACAGCUCGCUCGAUGAUCCAGAGUGAUAUCGAGGUCAUUAAGAGGGAUGUGAGAAAGCUUUUGUUGUUCCAGGAAGCGACAGGAAACCACACAGCAAUCGCUCAAUCAACAGAACAGAAUCUCGAUGAAAUGCGCCAGGAUCGUAUUUUGAACACACUAUGGUUCAGGAUGAUAAACGAUAGGUCCGAAAGCAUCUCCAAGAAUCACCAAGACACACUUCAAUGGGCAAUCGAAGGUUCAAACGAUAACGAGUCCUGGCAUGAUCUCCCGUCUUGGCUUCUCAACGGCUCCGGUAUCUACUGGGUUUCUGGGAAGGCUGGAAGCGGAAAGUCAACCCUGAUGAAGUUUGUCUUUGGGCAUCACAAAACCACGCAGAUGUUAUCCCAAUGGGCUGACAGAGGCCGACUGCUCGUAUGUCAUUACUUCUUUUCCAACCUGGGAACAGAUCUCCAGAAAAGCCAGGCUGGACUCUCCCGGACAUUACUUUACCAGAUAUUGGAUAAGAACAGGUCGCUGAUUCAAGAAGCACUUCCUAAUAUGUGGAAAGAAAUACUUGAACGAGAGUCUAGCCUGCGAGAUAAGGACUUAACCACUCAUGAUGAUAUCACCUUACCUUCGGUAGCGGAGACCCGGCAAGCAUUUGAAGUCAUUUUAGCAAAUGGUGACAGAAUAGGACACGUUUGCUUCUUCAUCGAUGGACUUGAUGAACUUGUUGGGGAGUACACUGAUAGUAUCAACUUUAUUAGUAAUCUGGCUCGGCACAAGCAGUCUAAAGUCAUCGUCUCCAGUAGACCUAUUCCGUCCUGCGUCGCUGCCUUCCGAAAGUACCCUCAUAUGAAGCUGCAAGACCUCACUCGACGCGACAUACAAACAUAUGUUGAGUUUAAAGUUGGAGGCCAUCCCUCCAUGAAACGACACAUGAGACGCUAUCCCACCGAGUCAGCCUCUUUGAUGAGUGAACUUGUUGAUAAGUCUUGUGGAGUCUGGCUCUGGAUAAUACUCGCUUGUCGGUCUAUUUGUGGAGGUUUUGAUGACCAUGAUCGCCUCUCAGAAAUUCGGCGUCGCGUGGACGAACUCCCUCCAGAACUCAAGGACAUGUUCAUGCAUAUGCUCAGCAAGGUUCACAGACGUCAUCAAGAACAAGGAGCUCAAUUACUAAAGAUCUGCUACACGUAUCAGAAGACCAAGUCACCAUUCCUCCAGAAAGGCUUAUACGCGCUAGGCCUUGCACUCGUAGAUGACUAUAAAGCGCAUCCCGUGUGCAUUGAGCCUCUUGACUCUGAGGACAAGCUGGAGAUAUGUGAAGAACUUGAAGGUCGGCUGAGGAGUCGAUGCUGGGGAUUAUUAGAGUUUGCGACCUCCAAGGGUGCAAUUUCGGGUGGUGCCAUAAUAGAGGCAAAGGUCAUGUUCAUGCACCGAACAGUCUUUGAGUUCCUGAGCGAUGAGGAUUCAUGGAAGCUUGACUGCCUGCAGAUAAAAGACGCGGAAUUUGAGCCAGCUACAGCGUUAUCACUAUACGGUGUACAUAUGGCUGUCGAGAAGUAUUGUGAGGAUAAUCAAGUCGCGGCCAUGGACCUCUUCGAGGAGGGACUCUGGUGGGGAGCAGAAGCCGACAAACAGAGACCCACUGACAGUAACAACUGCCUGUUCCAUCUUUCGCCCUUUAUUUCACUUCUAUCAGAAUGGAGAGGCUCAUGCCUUACACUUAAGAGACUUGCAAAGGCAUCAAACUCUAGUAAGGUGUCCAAACCUUCGUAUACGAAUAAUUGUCCACCUAUCGCAUUACUACUCGCCGUCGAAGCAGGUGCAUUGAACUUUGUUAAGAGUCAUCCCAGCUUCACAACAUCAGCUCAUGACUGUCAGCGCGAAUGCAAGCCCCUUCUAUACCAUGCCCUCAGAAAACAAUUUCUCAGUGGCAAAUUUAACGACCAGCCAGCAGAUUCACGUUUCAGCUCCUCUCACAUGGUUGAAAUGCUUCUUUCAUCAGGCUGCGACGGCACCAGUCUCGUUUCAAUUAGCGGAUGGGAGACAAGUCUUUGGUCUUUGUGGUUGGAGGAGCUGAUGAGGCUUACGGCCUAUAAUCUGAACGAAGAUGAGAAGGCUACUCUAGCCAAUAUCUCCAAGAUGUUUCGCACAGUAAAUCAUAAGUUCAGGCCACAAGGAUUUGAUGAUACGAUUAUUGAUUGGCCUGGUGUUGUGUAA